CGCAGAGAAGGAUGUAUGUCGGUGGAAUGCAGGCCGAUGUUUUGAUCACUGUCAUCUCAUCUGAGCGGCGCUGACCAUCAGCCAAACUGACAGACAGGCAAGCAAACAGACAGGCAGAGGAAGGCAGACACUGUAAGCGGGCAGCAGGGCAGACGAGAUGCAGAGAAACAAACAAAGAGAACGACGUUUGGAACUGCGGCUGUGUUCGUGUUGGUGUGUUUGUCAGUGGUGGUGAGCUGUGAGGUUUUGUAGCGACUUAGUAGCGACAGCUCAGAUGGCUGACGGCGGGUUGAUGGACUUAGACAAACAUGACGGCCCGGCCGCCUCUGCUGCUGCAGGUCACACACACCACCUCCACACACACGCACCGGUGUGACUGACCGGCCGCACACUGUGCUCAGGUGGGCAGGGCGGCGGGCCGAACGGCGGCGGUAGCUCUCGUGAUAUUCUGCAGAAGAUACGUUUGAUGCGUUCGGUAAGGAGGAGAGAGAAGAGGUCUACACAUGACAUGCAGCAAGGAGUGCCAUUCGCUGUGUUUGCAUUUGCUUGCAGUUCGUGCCUCAGUUUGCGUCUGAUCUUGAGCGGGCAGAGAACAUCAUAGCCACACACACCGACAAUAAAUCACAGGUCCACACGGAACACCACACACAGCCGAACAGCGGCACUCAGUUGUCAUUCACCGGGCUGUCUGUGGCCUGCAGGAUGGUGCCUUGCUGGCCGGCAGCCUGUCGUCCAUUCUGGACGUCCUCACUGACGCUCAAUCGGCCCUCAACAAGCAGCUGACAGAGACGUCGACUGACCACAUAACCCAUAAAACACAUGUACGAUUGGGACGACAAGUGGAGGGCUCACACAGGGCGAUCGUUCCCUGGCCUGUCUGUCUGUCUGUCUGUGUCAGGGCAAUGCGACUGACAGUGGGGCGUUCGAGUCUGAGGGUCUGGAUCAGACCGAUGAUGGCGCACAGCACAGCAAGGCGGUAUCACCAACAGGCCGAACCACACAUAUGGGUGGACACCGUUACGUCACGUGUUCAGGUGGCUGUUGGUGACGAUGGCAAGCGUAGCCGUGUAGACACGCCGGCUGCUGCUGCGAGUAGUGGAGGUACCCACACACACUGAUGGGGUGCAAACACGUGACAACGUCCGUGUAUGGCGGUGCUGUGUGGUGCCUUCAGCAGGUUCGGUUGGUGGGUGUGUUGGUGCAGCAGCGACACAGCAGCAGGGCGCCCGCUCAGAGGUGACACACACGCACGCGAAAGCUUAUAUGGCGGUCGCUGCUCUCACGUUUCUCAACCUAUGUGUCAGAAGGACCACGGCCGUCCGUGUCUGUCGGGUCUGCCUGCAGCCGUCAUGGGCCACAUGGGUUCCUUCUUGACCACCAUCGACAACAUCCGCCGCCUCUCGCGCGUCAACAGGGAGACCUACAUGAAGGCCACCGACCAGACGUAG